AUGUUCCCCUCAGGUGGCCUUUUUUCACAAUUUAAUUGUUAUUUGUUUGAGGACGCACUGUGCGAGCGACCUCACUGUGUGUUCAAACAUGCAAGAGAAAAGCAGGAAAAGGCAAUAUGUGACACGCCAGAGAAGUCCACGAUAGACUUCGCAGCUCCAGAAGUGGCCACAGCUGAACUAGAGUGGAUAAACCAGGAAAUUGAAAAUGUGAAACAUCAAGUUGAGGAAGAACAAAGAAGACUGUCACACUACCAGAUUAACCAGGCAUCUGAAAUGAAAGAGUCCUACCCCUCGAAGUCUAAAGUGAUUAGAAAACAUUUCGUCAAGGACUCUUCACUUAGCGGCUCUUCAGCAGUGGGCUCCAAACCAAAGAACUCUGAGGAUGAGUUGAACUAUUCGGACAUGGAUGUGUCUGAGAGUGAUCCAGAUGAGGAAUGUUACAGGAUUUAUAUGGAGGCAAAUUUUGAUGAAAAGACUCCUGAUGAGAUUGUUCAUAAUGGAGUGGCGGAAAAAGGUGGUGCUUGUUCGCAAGCUGUACAAGGAAAGCGCUUUGCUCAUGAAGCCAAAGUCACAGAACGGCCUGUUGCAAAGCUGCGUCCACAACCCCAGGUUCUUGUGCCUCUCCGUGAACCAACUCCUUCAGUGUCUGCCCAGGCACUGCCCAUGAUGCGCAGAGUGGAGCAGAGGGCUUCCAGGUUGACAGCCUCCAUCAAAACAGUCCAAGCUCUCGUUCCCAAAGGGGAGACUGCAGCUCAAGGGACACAAGCCGGUCCAUGCUCUGCCCCAACAAAGCCAGCGCCGUAUGUGAAUUAUAUUCCAUUGGGAGCAACAGUGAUUGAUGUUGGCAACAAUCUGCACUUGGUCCUGCCUGAAGGGACCUUCCCGGUGUCUGACAGCUCAGGUCAAGUUACCUCAGUGCUAACUCCCAUUACACCAGUGAAGACUCAUCAUGUUAGCUCAGUGCAAACUCCAGUGGUACCAGUGAAAACUCUCCACAUCGCCAGUAAACAGGCUUAUUAUCCAUCUGCUCAAACACAACAGAGACGCAACGCUCAACCUGUGAUCAUCCCUCCACUUGCUCGAAAACCUGUCAUGGCGCUAACAAGUUCCCCCUCAUCCGCUUCUGUGGUUAAGCCAGUUUCUACCAAACGAAAAUUGAAGCAGCAAUGUGAGACUGUCAAAGUGCCUCAUGAUAUUAGGCAAAGUUAUGUGAAUAAAUUUACUGAAGAGUUUCUUAAAACUACAACUAACGUGAAUGAAGCAUUUGAGAAGGCACUUGCUGAAGAAAGGACUGUCUAUAAUCGUAGCAUAAACAAAUUGAAAUACUUGAGUGUUGCUGUGAACGCUCUAAAGAGACUGAGAAACCAAAAUUGUGAAGCAGUUGAAGAAAACGACCAAUGCAGUCAAAAAAUGAAGGGCAACAUACCAUUAAACCACAGUCUACUGAAUGGAAAAGGGGUCUUUAUGCUGUAUGAAUGUUUGAAGGACUAUGUUUUGACCGAGGACAGACUGAUUGAAAGAAACUUUCCGCUCCUGAAUCCAGAAAAACCUGGAAGUGCAAUUUUCUUUGCAGACAACAAAAAAAGUAUCUUGGACCCACUUCGAAAAAUAUGCUGUCGUUGUGGUGCGACGUACGCUGUAAGUCUAACAGGGAAACACGUGCGAAAGGAGGAGUGCACUUAUCACUAUGGAAAAGGAGUGGAAAAUAAAGUGCCUGGUGGAGUGGAGACCCGCUACAGUUGCUGUCAGGGAGUUAUGGGGUCACCUGGUUGCCAAGUGUUCAAGCUGCAUGUGUGCAACUCCAUAAGCAUGGAUGGGUUUGUAUCAACUGCACCAAAAGAGACAGACAAAACCUGCCCUGGUGUUUUUUCCUUGAACUGUGAAAUGUGUUAUACCAUUCAUGGUUUGGAGUUGUCAAGAGUGACUGUGGUCAAUUCUAGUCUUCAGAUUGUGUAUGACACUUUUGUGAGACCACAAAAUGAGGUAAUCGACUAUAACACAAGGUUUUCUGGGAUCAGCCAAGAAGAUAUUGUGCAACAUUGCCACCAACUGAAAGAAGUUCAAGAUACUCUAUUAAGUUUCAUCAGUGCUGACACAGUUCUUAUCGGUCACAGCUUGGAAACAGAUCUAAGUGUUCUUAAGUUGCUGCAUGGGACAGUGGUGGACACAUCUGUGGUUUUUCCCCAUCGUCUUGGUCCUCCUCACAAACUGUCACUGCAGAGCCUUACAGCUGAAUAUCUGAGAAAGAUUAUCCAAGAAAGUGUAUGUGGUCAUGACACUGCAGAAGAUGCUAUGGCUUGCAUGGAACUAAUGAUCUGGAAGGCCAAGGAAGAUGGAAAACUAAAAAAAACAUAA